AUGGCAGAGAGAAUUAAAUCUCUCACUCCAGAUCUGAAGUGUAAAACCCAAAGAGACCAAGUCCAAGCUCAUAGAAGCCAUGAAAGUAAAAUCCCAGAGCUACCGAACAUCUAUAAGCAGCUGGAAGUAAAAACAGAAACAAAUGCACGAAGCUCUUCAACAUUACAUACAGGGAAAUCUUAUUUCAGUUUUUCAUCACGACUCCAUGAAAGGCAAGCUAUUGUUGGUUCAAAAAUGAUACAGCGGAUAAAGAGAUUGAAGCCAAUUGAUCCGAAGCCUGCACAAAAUACUAUCAAUAUAUUAAAUAAGGGUAUAGCAAGUCCAGUAAAAGCCGGAGAAAUUGACCAACAAGAAGACAAAAAUAUAAAAAUUUAUGAAUUGAUUCAUUCUUUCGGAGGCUUUUCAAUAAAAAUAAAUACAGCUAUCGUUGAAUAUUUUAGCACAAGCAAAAGAACUCUGAUUCCACUCAAUGACUUACCAUAUGUGCUAUAUGAAAAAUCAGAAACAAAAAUCGCUGAAAAAAUAAAAAAAUACACUGAUGAAAACGAGGAAUGGCUAAAUAAUGCUUAUGGGUUAAGCUUAAUUUAUAUGUCAUUACCUUUAGAUUACCCGCACUCCAUUUAUAGAUAUAAAUUUGAAAGAAUCUUAAUUUUGCUCACUCCAACAGCAACAAGGAAUAAUAAACGCGAUGAAAUUUCUAUAAAGUUCUUUUCUAAAGGACUAUUGCUUAAAGAUUACAAAAACAUCACUUUAACUGAUCAAAUGAUGGAAAAACUAUUUUUAGAAAAAAUGUCAGAUAUGGAGAAUAAAGUAGUUGAAGCAAUGUGCUGAGAAGGUUUUGAAGCAUCCAAAGUGCUUCGCAAUAUUUGUGAGAUAAAUGAAAGUAUAAAUGAAUCUUUAUUAAAACCUGAAGAAGUAAUGCCAAGGGUGAAAGUAGUUUUCACAGCAGAAGAAAUUAAAGGGUGAGAUUUUCCGCAUCAAAAGCAGUCAAUUGCCUUUGGAAGUCUGUUUAACUUAUAUUUUCCUUUGAUUAAAAUAAGCCUUGCCGAUUUUAAUCAAGAAAUUUCAAUUCCUUUAGGAUUACUCAAAAGGAUUCUGCAGGAUAAUAUGGUCAACUGAGUCCCAAUACUGAUGAAUUACUUCUAUAGCCGCAAUUCUUUGUAUAAAGUUGGAAAUCAAUCGACUUGGAUAAGUUUUAUAAAAUACAGAGAAGAUGACACUAUUUUAAUAUUUAAAGGUCCUCAAUUAUUAUUAGAAAGUAACGGAGUAUACAUCAAACAUAAUUUUUCUAUUCGAGAAAUUCCAAUUUUACUUGAUAUUUCUGCCAACCAUAGAUCUAAAUUUCUUAAAUUCAUCAUUAGUCAAUCUACUAUAGAAAGAGGAUUGAAUAAUGAAUGAAAUAUAAAUAUAGAUAUUAGCAAUUAUAAGCCUACUGGAAAAUUGUCUGUACUAAAAAGCCUUGAUGAAGAACUCGAAGUAUUAAAUCUCAGAAUUAGGGUCCAAUUCAAACUACCUCAAGUAGAAUUGUAUAUGCUUAACACCAAAACAAAAGAUUCAAGAAUCGUAAAGAAUGAAAUUUGUCAAGGGUUUGCUAUCAAUAAUUUUCGGAAUUGGGACCAAGAAUUACUAUUUCUUUUCAAUCAAUAA